GGCAGCAUUUUCCAAGUGAUUUCUCAGCAGCAUCAGGCACUGGUGUCCAUGAAGAAGGCUGCUGUGACCAUAGCCAUCCCUACCUGUCCCUGAUGAUUCUCUGGUGAGGGGUGGCUCUGCUGCUCACUGUCUCUGGCUUAUGACUGUACCUGAUGGGCUGAAGUCACUGCCUGCAGCCUUCAGUCUGUUUGAACAGAGAAUCCCGGAGACUGUUUGGAGCCAGGAUGGGAGGAAAGCACAGCUUCUCGGAGGGACCUGCCAGCACCUGAGGUGACUUGUCUGCAUGAGUUGGAAGGGUGCCGUGGAGCAGCUUCUGCCUGCACGUUGUUUGCUACUUAUGCUGCUUCCACAUCAACGAUGACUAUAAAACUAUUAAUAUUGAAAGUAAAGACAGCAGCUGCAUGCUAUGCAUCAGAUGGAUACAUCUGUUCUCAAGAAGGAAGCAAGAGCAGCCAGCAAAACAGUUUGUGGUGUCUGAUCUGACCUCUCUGCAAUAUUUCAAGUGAGACUCUUUUUCGGAGCAGCAAUGAAUACACUCAGAUAUUGUUUCUUUGCUGUUCUGAUUCUCAGUGUUUCACUUCCAAUUGUUUUUUAUGCUGGUAAUUUGCACACACAAAAAUCUCUUCGGAGGCUGAACGUCCCGGUGAAUUCCACUUUAGCAGAAGCCUGCAAAGCACUUAUUGAAGACAAGAUGCCCUUUGUGAAGGAGAAUGCUUUAGAAACUUCAUCCAGAGAAUCCAGUUGCACGGAGUACAUCACGCGGAACCGCUACAUCACCCGCACCCUCUCUGCUGAAGAGGCCGCCUUCCCCAUUGCCUACGUCAUGACCCUGCACAAGGAGUUUGAGACCUUCGAGCGGCUCUUCAGGGCAGUGUACAUGCCCCAGAACGUCUACUGCGUCCACGUGGACGCCAAGGCGCCGGCCCGCUUCCGUCGGGCGGUGCGGCGCCUGCUGGGCUGCUUCCCCAACGCCUUCCUCGCCUCCCGGGCGGAGCGGGUGGUCUACGGCGGCGUCUCCCGCCUGCGGGCUGACCUCCACUGCAUGAGAGACCUGCUGGCCUCGGCCGUGCCCUGGCGCUACCUGCUCAACACCUGCGGCCAGGACUUCCCUCUGAAGACCAACCGGGAGAUUGUCCGGCUGCUGAAGGGCCUCAGGGGCAAGAAUGUCACCCCCGGGGUGCUGCCACCCCCCCACGUCACCUCACGCACCAGAUACGUGCACAGGGAGCAAUUAUACUCUCUCUUCUCUUUCAUGCUGGUGACAUUUGUGCGCAAGGCUCCCCCUCCCCACAACCUGACCAUCUACUUUGGCUCCGCAUAUGUGGCCGUCACCCGUCCCUUUGUGGAGUUUGUGCUGCAGGACCAGCGUGCCAUCGAUCUGCUGGUGUGGUCCGAGGACACCUACAGCCCUGAUGAGCACUUCUGGGUGACGCUCAACAGGAUCCCAGGUGAGUACUCCUUCUCUCCUGUUUUCUGUAGAUAA